CGGUGCGGUUCCGGGGGCUAAGCCGGCGGAGCGUGGCCGCCGGGAGUCCUGGAGAGGCCGGGCUCCUCGGGAUCAGGAGAGGACGGUGGUUCUAUAUGCGUGUCUUCCAGUUCAUCCCGAAUCUGCUUCCGCAGCGUGUCUCUGCCCUCUUCCUUUUUCUCUCCAUUGCGGUGCUUGCCUGGCCCUCUGGGCUGCCGGUUCCAAGCUGUUCUCAAGCCUUACCCCUUAUUCCAUCCCGGCCCGGUCUGUCUUCUUGUUGUCAGGAUCUCCUUGGGUAGCCAGAAGGUGCUGGACUCAGAUAGCCAAGUCUCUUCCUGCUUCCCAUGUCCUUGUCGCUGGAGGUGUCUGUGGGGAAGGCCACCACCAUCUACGCUGUCAACGGUACGGAGAUCCUACUGCCCUGCACCUUCUCCAGCUGCUUUGGCUUCGAGGACCUCCGCUUCUGGUGGUCCUACAAUAGCAGUGAUACUUUCAAAACUCUUAUAGAAGGGAUUGUGAAGAAUGAGAAGUCUGAUCCCAAGUUGAAGUUAAAAGAUGAUGACCGAAUCACUCUGGUGGGCACCACUAAGGAGAAGCGGAACAACAUAUCCAUUCUGCUGAGGGACCUGGAGUUCAGUGACUCGGGCAAAUACACCUGCCGAGUGAGGAACCCCAAGGAGAAGGACCUCGAGCAUCAGGCCACCAUCAUCCUCCAAGUAGUUGAUAAAUUGGAAAAAGUGGACAAUACGGUGACGCUCAUCAUCCUGAGUGUGGUGGGCGGGGUCAUCGGGCUCCUGGUCUUCAUCCUAGUGCUGAAGAAGUUCAUUGCCUUCAUCCUCAAGAAGACCCGAGAGAAGAAGAAGGAGUGUCUUGUGAGUUCCUCAGGAAACGACAACACAGAGAAUGGCUUGCCAGGCUCCAAGGCAGAAGAAAAGCCACCCACAAAAGUGUGAGGCCCUGCUUUGGGCCAAGCAGCACAGGGAGCCUUGCUUUCUGACCAUGACACUGAUGCUUGAGCCCUGUCCAUAGAACCCAUGUGCCUGAGACAUCUGCUGCUUGGCUCAAACUGUAAUCUUUCCUGGCAGGGAGAAACUGGGGUCCUGUCUGGCCUGCUCCGCCCCCUCCCCAGCCAGGCUUCCCAGGGACAAGGGCUGACAAGGGAAUGAGGCCUGUGGAAGUCAGAACAGGAAAGGAGGGGUAGGGAUGUUGUUGAGGGCUGGUCCCCCAACACCUGGAAAAUGGGGUUUUCUCAGGCUCCCCAUCCUGAGUGAACUCUUCCUUGGUUUUCCUUUUGUUUUCUCUGCAGGAGGGACUUGGGGGGUCAGUGGGGCUUGCCCGAGAUGCUGGACCCUGGAGAUGGGGUGAAGGAGGAGCCUUAUGUGGAGAAGGAAACUCUUUUGAAGGUGGGGAGUGUACUAGAGGACUCAGGAGAAGAUUUAGGGGAAGGAACUGCUGGAGAGGGCACACAGGGAGAGGCAAGCUGGGCUUUUUAAGAGACCUGGUCUCCCACAGGCCCUCAAGUGAGAAGUUUCCCUUUCUGCCUCGCUGGAGUGCCUCUGCCUUGUCCCAUCUCCCUUUUUUGCCCCCUCCUCUGUGUUUCUAAAUCCUUCCCAGCUAGGCCUUGCUGCCUUGGUCUUGAGAGAUCUUGGCCCACCUAGCCAAGGUCCUCCAGGUUGCUGAGAGGCUCGUGGAGGGGCCCCUCAAUCCUUUCUGGAGCACUGGAGUGCUACCUAUGCCUUUCUUAGCAUUUUGUCUUGGGGAAUGGGGCUGCAGAGGUGGUUAAGCCAAUGUCCUGGGCCUCUUGGCCAUUGGGAUGCCUACCCCAGGCCUCCAAUCCUGGCAGUCCCUCUCCUUGGCAUGGCAGGACCAUUGCCAUUCUAGCACUCCUGAGCCUGACUCCCCUGCUCUUUCUCUUCCCAUGAAACACCGGGGAGUGUCAUCUUGCUAGAGAGAUUGCACCCUCUUCCCUCCCACCUCCCAUGCCCUCCCAUUGGCUUGCUCUUCUUCUGGUGCCCCUCUAUCAUGCUUUUGUCCCUGUGCCCAGGAUUGUGCAUCCCCCAGCCCUGGGUUUGCCUUUGCCUCAGGACCCUCUUCCUUGGAUGAGAGAGCCCUCAGGUUUUCUAGCUGCUUCCUACUCAGUAGGCUCCCCUUGUGUUAUGAUGGGUUUUUGGAGGAGCGGGGAGAAGGGACCCACGUUUUUUUCUGCUUGCUGAAGAACUGGUUUGCAUACUCCUUGAAUGUGGGGCUGGACUGUGCCUUAGCUCCUUGAGUCCCACCUCCUGCCCUCAUUUUCUCCCACCCUUUCGAACCCAUCUUCCCUGACCUAACUGCACAAUGUGAUGUGGCAGGGGUUCCCCAGCCUUACCCUUCCCAAGGUUGUGGAGGAGGCCAUGAAGUUGUCUUGUUGGUGGCCCCUUGGCCAGGGACUGAGACCUGGAGACACCUGCCCAGUGCUUCCAUCUGGGACCCUGACAGGGAGAUAUGAGAGUGUUGGAAGUGGGGCCUCCUGAUGGGUUUGAUUGUGUGGGUCUGUGUGGGAUGGACAUGGGAGAUGUAGCAACGGAGUCUCUACCAUCUGCUCCCAUGCCCUUGUUCCCUUAUGGAUUUGCUACACUGUCCUCUGGGCACCAAGGAGGGAUGGAGAGGAGGAGCCCUUUUUCUCCCAGAGUAUAUGGGGACUGCUUCAGGGCUCCCCCUGCCCAGAUGCAGCUUCAAGCUUCUCGGGAUGGAAGUUGGAGAAGGCUGAGGAAUAGCAGCACCUGAAUGUUCUCAUGGCUGUGGCCAUGUUCCUUGGUCAAGCUGGUGGGAUCGCAAAUCUCCCCUCCGAUCUGCCUCCUAUCCUCCUGUCCUUCACCCCAAACCCAUCCUGGGCUGGGGUUCAGAAUUCCCUGGCUUUGAGAGCAGAAAAAUGAGAGAUCCCAGCCAUUCAGAAGACUUCUAGCUGCAUUUGUGCAAGACUACUUUCUUCUCCCUUCUCAGCGUCAGCAGUUGAAGAGACAGAGUGUUGUAGGGCUCCUCUUGCUCUCUUGAGAGGUCCCCAAGGCGUGUGGAACAAGAGAGGAAGAUGCCAUCCUCUUCUCUUUCCCAGUCUACUGAUACCGUAGAGACGGGCCAUGCAGCUUCUCUGUGCUCAGCUUUUGCCGUCUAUCCAAAGGGUGUAAUAAUACUUAACCUACCUCACUGGACUGUCGUGAGGCUUGGCGAGUUUUGCUUCUAAUUUUGGCUUGAAAAGCACCUGGAAAGCAGGAUUUAUAAUUGGACACAUUAUUCCAAGAUGGUCUCAUCCUCAUCUCUGUAUCUCAUCCCUACAAAACACACACACACACACACACACACACACAAACACACACACACACACACACACACUCCAGCCAUUUUUCCCCUUUGGAAUUCCUUAGUCUUUGCAAUGUUAAAAACCUUAACUCCAACUCAUGCUUAAAACUUUUUGUACAUGGCUCUUCUUUGGUGGUUUUCAAAAGAGGUGAUUGGGACUGUAGAGGAGUAUUUUGGGUUGUUACAAUGCCUUUAGCAUUUAGUGGGUAGGGACUAACAGUACUAAACUUAGUUCCCACCAUAAAGAAUGUCCUGUCCCAAUGCCAGUAUUAUGCCCAUGAAGAAAUGUUGGCAUGGAUUUGUAACAGGUUGUGUAAUUUUAUUUAUUUAUUUUUGGUACUGGGGAUCGAACUCGGGACCUUGCACUUGGGAGGCAGGUGGCAGAACCACUGAGCUAAAUAUAGGUUGUGUAAUUGACAAAGCCACUUUCCCCAAGCUGGCUCUUAGGGCAUGCCAGUCUCCAAUGGUGGUCUCUGACUGGGGAGACAGUUUCCAGAGUUGUUGCGCUAGAGAGGGGCAUUUCCAGAGUUGAUCUUUGGAGUCCUGGGCACAUGCAACUGCCCUGACAAUGACACCAGUGAGACCAAGGACAAAGUUUGAAGCGCCUUAUCCUUGACCUCAAAAUAGAAGAACUGCAUUUGAGGCUGGGGUUUUCUCCCUGUGUGGGAACUGAGCAGAAGGCAGCCAGAAUGAAUCUGUAAUUAAUGCUAGAGAGGCCUGGGAGAGGAACUAAUGGGGUGUCCAUAUAUCUUGCUGGCCAACUCUUGUGGAGCCAGGGGUGUGAGGAGGUGAGGGUGUGUUGUGUGAAGUGCAUGUGGUGUAUGCAUAUGGACAUGUGUGCCAGGUGCGGCUGUGUGAAUAUGGAGUGGAGGGAGGGCUGUAUAUGGAAGGACCAUUCAUGAUGGGGGAGAAUGCACAUUUCAGGAACCAUCUUCACUGGCUUGAGCUCUAGACUGAGGAGGACAAGAGACACAGGGGAAGACUAGCAAUGCUACAGGAUUCCAUCUUUCUGUGACUCUGUCUCACUGUUAAAGUCAACUGCCAUUGGAGGGCUGAGGGGAGGAAGGGCCAAGAGGAAGGACUUCUAGUGAGAGUCCUAUAGCUUGCUGCACCUUAUUUUGUCCCAGGUUGGAGUCCCUGCCUUUCCACCUCUCACCUGAUAUGCAGUGCUUUUGACUAUCUUAUAUAUGGUUUAUUCCUCUGGCUUGGAUGACAAUACACACAGUCAAUUUUCCUAUAUAACUUUAUAGAUCAAAUGAUACAGUGAUGGGCCUUGGGAGGCCUCAGGUCUGUGGGUGCCUCUGGGAGGUACAGAUAGGCACUCACCUAGCACUGACCUGUGUUCAAGCACAGAAUCGAUGUGUUCAAACUAUCUACAACAUAUUUUGCAUUGUAGGAUUGUAUUUAGCUUGCUCUGGAUGAAAUAAAAAUUAUGUUUAAUAA